UCAUGACGCGGCGUAGUGGAAUGAAUGAAGGCGGCGGACAGGUCCCAAUCAGACACACAGGAGGCAGAGAGCGCUCAAGAUGUUUGCUGGGAAUUAGAUUUUUCUCCAAUAAGGAAUAUUUACCAACAACCGGACCAAAGCCAUCAGAUUUAUCGACUUCCGGAGCUCAAUGGCACGGGGAGAAGGCGCGGAGCCGUACGCCGCAACUUUACUGACAGUCAAACCCGUAAAUGUAGAAAUCAAGACCGUAAAGCCGAAGGAACGGAGGAACCGUCUGUCUGUCUGGAAUAAACUCUUCUAUGCCUUUGGAGGAGCUCCCUAUCAGAUCACAGGCAGCGCUCUGGGCUUCUUCCUCCAGAUUUACCUGCUCGAUGUGGCUCAGUUGGAUCCCUCCUAUGCCUCACUCAUCCUAUUCGUGGGCAGGGCAUGGGACGCUGUCACGGACCCGACGGUGGGGUUCUUGGUGAGCCGGAGCAAGUGGACCCGGAUUGGACGCAUGAUGCCCUGGAUCCUUUUCUCCACCCCCUUUGCAGUGCUGACUUACUUCCUGAUCUGGUACGUGCCUCCGUUUGAGGAAGGGAAGGUCCUCUGGUACCUGGUGUUUUACUGCCUCUUCCAGUCCAUGCAAACGUGCUUCCACGUGCCAUAUUCAGCCCUCACCAUGUUUAUCACCAGCGACCAGAAAGAGCGCGACUCUGCCACCGCCUAUCGGAUGAUGGUGGAGGUGAUGGGAACGGUUCUGGGCACCGCGAUCCAGGGACAGAUUGUGGGCGGCGUCUCUAGUUGUCCCACAGAGCCGGACACCGCUGACGGCUCAAACGCUACAACAAACACGACCGGCGUUUCACUGGAAGACACGAAACGAGCCUAUGUGGUCGCUUCGGGGGUCAUUUGCAUCAUCUACAUUCUGUGCGCCGCCAUUUUGUUUUAUGGUGUGAAAGAGCAGAAAGACAACGGGCGGAAAGAGUCUGAUCCGCUCACCUUCCGCCAAGGCCUGCUGGUGCUGGUGAGUCACGGUCCGUACGUCAAGCUGGUCGUCGGGUUCCUCUUCACAUCGUUGGCCUUCAUGCUGCUGGAGGGGAACUUUGCGCUCUUCAUCACCUACGCUCUGGGCCACAGGAAAGACUUCCAGAACAUCCUGCUGGUCAUCAUGCUGUCUGGGACGCUAACCAUCCCGUGGUGGCAGUGGUUCCUGACUCAGUUUGGGAAGAAGAAAGCCACGUACUACGGUGUCUCGUGGGCCGUGCCCUUUAUGAUCCUCAUCGUCUCCAUCGAGAGCAACCUGAUCCUCUCCUACUUGGUCUCCGUGGCUGCAGGUGUGAGUGUGGCAGCAGCCUUCCUCAUGCCUUGGUCGAUGCUUCCUGAUGUAGUGGAUGACUUCAAAGUUCAAAAUCCAAAGAUCCAUGGUCAUGAAGCGCUCUUCUACUCUUUCUACGUGUUCUUCAUUAAAUUUGCUUCUGGACUGUCUCUGGGCAUAUCCACGCUCAGUUUAAAAUUUGCCGGGUAUGUGACCGGAGACUGCUCCCAGCCCGAGGCGGUCAGUUUAACCCUGAAGGUGCUGGUCUCUCCUGUACCCAUAGUCCUCAUCAUCAUGGGGCUCUUGGUUUUACGGACUUACCCCAUAGAUGAGGAAAGGAGGAAACGCAAUCGCAAAUUGCUUCAAGAAAUGAUAGAUUCUGAAUCUGAAACCUCGUCUGAGUCCGAGUCCUCGGAUCUUGGAAGCAGCAGCAUAUAGCAGCUCCUUUGCACGUUUCUCAUCAUGACCGAGAACCAGAGACCAACUCCAUCAGCUUUACCACACCACCUCCAGUGGAUCUCAACGGCUCCCUCUAGUGGUGGUUUUGUGAACAAAGUAUUUCUGUAGCCUUUACCACCAGCUUCACUGAAACAGGCACAUGUUUAUUUAGUUUGUGAAAAACCAAAUUGCCAAAUGGUCUUUUGCCGUCGAGAUUUUAUACAAAUCUUUUCACUCAUUAUUUGGUUUUCCAAAGAUUUUUGCUGUGACUUUUGGUCGCCUCUUCCUGACUGCUGGUUAUUUUUAAGUGAUGUUCUGUUACUAGGCAGUGGGGACGCUACCUGCAGGUGACAUCACCCAACGUGAGCAGAGUAGUCCUCUGGCCGGAGGCUAGCCAGAAUGCUAACACGCUAGAGGCUAAAUUCUGGUGCAUAAAACAAAUUCUUGUUGACGAAGGUCAUGUUGUUGCAUUAAAACGCUGUAAUCUGUUUAGAAACCUUUAAAAUUUAGUUUCACACAUUUUUGAAAGUUUCUGCAGUUUCACCCAAUCUCAGAUGGCCAGUGGGUGUGGCCAGUCAUUAAGACAGGGUUGGAUAGGGCGGUCUCAGGUGUCUGGUGGGUGUGGCCUUUCAGUACGACUCUUCUGGGAAAAGGAAACUAACCAGUGAGGAAGAAAAGUUUACAAACGUAAUGUGUCCAAACGCCUGAGUUGGUUCACCGGGAAUUACCCACUAAUCUGUUAGCGUUGCGGCUAGCCGAGUGUCCAGCCGGACAACGACUUUCUGCUCGUUUUUCGGUGACGUCGCCUACAGGCGGAGGCCCUACCUAGAUAAGCGUCACUUAAAAAGGACUGAAAUUUCACUUGAACACCAUCCAAGCAGCUCAUGAACUUUAUGUUGCCUCUGUGCGGCUCUUGAAGUAUUUAUUUGUUUCAGGUGUCUGUUGCCUUUCCUAAAGGCAGCAUCAGCGCUCGUUUACAGCUUUUCGGUUUACUGAAGAACACUUUUUCACAAACUUGAACUUUCCCAUCGUGAAAAGGUGUCUUCUGUACUAAAGACCACCUGCCUUAAAACACGUUUUCUAGUUGCUGUGAGAUUCUUCUGUUAAACUUGAUUUAAUGAUCUUACGUUUCUACUUUUCCUGCUUUGAUUUGGAAGUUUUAAGCACUUGUGUGAAAAAGUGUGAGGUUGUUUCGUCCGUUCCUCUCUACCGGGACGGGAACUGCUUUAACUAUUUAUAGGAAGAAGAAGCACACCGGGGGUUAUCAUUAAGAACCACAUGUAUGUAAUUUAUUUACAUUGUCUGAGUGAUUAUUGACUGAGUGUGUGUUAUUUAUUUGAAGUGGAAACGAGCUGCUUUUACAUUGACUAAUAUCAGAUUAUUUUAUAAUAAUCCACAUUCUGGAGGCAGUUGAGAGAUUUAACAAUCUUAAUUUUUUUGCUGUAGUUUACCUUUUGUUGAACUUUGCACUGAAUGUAAACCAUGAAGCAUAUCACACACACACACACACACACCCUGUGGUUCUCAGUCUAAAUGCUGCUGUUUGUAUAAACUGUAAAUAGUUGUUGGCAAAAUAAAUAUGUAAAAAAAAUUCUAAGGAAACUGAUGAGCUGUAAAUUUGUCACUGAAUAAAUUUCGUUGAAACUAAAAGUUGUUGAAAUGAAA